GAAAUUAUUAUCGACGGCAAGAAGCCGAAGAUCGACAUCAAGAAGCAUUGGAGACCAGGAGAUCAUUUCUAGGGCCCAACAUCCCCAUCCCCUCAGCAGCAUGGCCGAACCGGCAUCAAGCUACUGGCUCCAAGGGCAACGGACCGAGGCCGAGAGCCUACGGGCCACUUUGACGGAGCUAACUACAAGAGAAUACGGACUCGGAAGUUCUACUACCUGGAACUUUAUGCUGAACUUGGCAGCAACGCACUCGAAUCAAGGUCGUCACGCGGAGGCGGAAGAAUUCAGCAAACAAGUCCUAGACAAAAGGAAAGGCCAUUCUCGGCACUGCGCAUCCCCAUACCUUGCAGAAGCAUGCGAAGCUUAGGCUUGAUUCACAGCGAGCAGAAGCGGUGGAAUCAAGCUCAGAUGCUCGAAGCGGAGAUGCUGGAAACCAUCAAGCGGGUACUGGGACGUGGAGAUCGUUGAACAGACAAUCACUUGGCAAGAGCAACACUCCACAACAUACAAAGCCAGUCUUCCUUUACCCCCAUAGCACGAAGACAGGCGAAUUCAUGCAGCAGUUGGGGUUAAUGCCCAUUCCAGGAGCCAGUAACACGCCCAUGAUUACGUAAAUAGAAAGACAUGCAUAUACCCACACAUUUUUCGCCAAAUCCACUCACUUUUUCUUGCUUGCAGAACAUUAAUCCUCGUGCCGCGAGAUUGGGACGUGCAAGUAC